AUGUCAAGUAGAUGCCAAUGUAAUGAAUGUGGUCAUUCACAAGAUUGUGGUGAUAAAUGUAAGGUAGACUGUCCAGGUGGAGCCGCCUGCAAGUGUCAUACCGCAGAGAAGCACAACCACGUCUGUCCAACAUGUAAGAAAGAAUGUGCCUGUUCUGGAACAGAAUGUGUAACUUCCCAAUGUACUUGUGGAAAGGUUUAG